AGAAAAAUCGCCGGACGUCACAUUGCGUGGGGUGUGGGGGUCAGAUCCACGACCAGUGGAUCCUGAGGGUUGCACCGGACCUCGAGUGGCACGCUGCCUGUCUCAAGUGCCAGGAGUGCCAACAGUUCCUCGACGAAUCAUGUACGUGUUUCGUCAGGGACGGAAAAACUUAUUGCAAGAGGGAUUACGUGAGACUGUUUGGUGCGAAAUGUGACAAGUGCGGUUCCUCAUUCUCCAAAAGCGACUUCGUGAUGCGUGCGAAAACGAAAAUCUACCACAUUGACUGUUUCCGGUGUUGCCAGUGCGCCCGGCAGCUGGUGCCGGGCGACGAGUUCGCGUUGCGCGAAGGUGGCGCCCUCUAUUGCAAAGAGGACCACGACGUCAUGGAGAAGACGUCGUUGACGCCAGGCGGCGCUGGCAACACGCCAGGCGAAAGCAACAACAACACCAGCCUCAGUAACAACAAUCACAACAACAAUUCCACGGAGUUGGGGUGUAUGUCAGACUCGGGCAGCGAAAGCGGCUCGCACAAAGGCGGUUCCGGUUCUGCUGGAUCCGGUGGCGGAGGCGGCGUCUUGCGCAAAUCGGGGGGCGGUACGCACGGCGGAGGCGGUACCGCAGGCAGUGACGGCAAACCGACGCGCGUGCGCACCGUCCUCAACGAGAAACAAUUGCACACGCUGAGAACCUGCUACGCGGCCAACCCAAGGCCGGACGCGCUAAUGAAGGAACAACUGGUCGAGAUGACCGGUCUGUCGCCCAGAGUGAUCAGAGUGUGGUUCCAGAACAAGCGGUGCAAAGAUAAGAAAAAGACGAUACUGAUGAAGCAGCAGAUGCAACAGGAAAAGUAUUACGUGCAGGACGGGCGCAAGCUGGGAUACGGCGCGAUGCAGGGCAUCCCUAUGGUGGCGUCAUCGCCCGUACGACAUGAUUCGCCCCUAAGCGGGGUGCACCCCUUGGAGGUGCACGCAUACCAACCGCCCUGGAAGGCGCUCAGUGAUUUCGCGCUGCAUUCGGACCUGGAUCAACCGGGACACCAACCAGCCUUCCAGCAGCUUGUCAACCAGAUGCAUGGCUACGAUCUACCUCCGUCCAUGGGCGGCCCAGGCGCGGGCGGUCAAGGCGGCGGCCCCCAGCAUCCCGGCGCCCUUUUAGGCCUCGGGGGUCCUGGCCCCGGCGGCGGCGGUGGGGCUCCGCCUCCUCCAGAUGCCAUGGCACACCCUGACAGCACCGACAGUUACGUCACGUAUGGAGACAGCGACGACAGUCUGCCAGCCAGCCCCUAACGCAGCCCUAGGUGCCGAUGAUUAGAUAACGCCAGCGCCGAGGUCAUCUGCGGAUUGUUGAUGGGAUUGUGGAGGAUGUAAAAGAGAUGCGACCAGUAAAAAUGGAAGAAUCUGUUUUUUUAUUUUUGUUGAAGUUUUUAUUAACAACCAACGGAGGCUAAAAUUCAUUAGAAACUUUUCGAUCUCUUUACUGCAUAGGUACCCUCCAUUUCAAAAAUAGUGUCAUAGACUUCGUUAUUAUAAGGCAGCCUAUGAAUAUGAAACUUACAACUUACACCAAUUUUGUUGUUACAAAUUAAUGAAACUUCUGGAAAUUGGUGAAAAUUAUGCUCAAAGAUUCCAUUACAUACAAACAGGCCAAGCUAAUAAAAGCGUGUUAAAAAUCGCUAGAAUCAUGUGUCAAAAUUAUCAUAGCGGUUUAACUUUUAACUUUAACUAUCGAAAUUCAUUCAGAAUCAGGCCUCCAGUAAUGGAAAAAAAUCUUCCACGUAUCAAAUCAGUUUGAACAACGUUGAGAGAGUAAAUAACUGGUAUUUGAAGCCUCUGUUGGUUUUUAAUAAAACAUUUAAGAAAAGUUAAAGUACGACCCCGACGCACACAAACAUGGAAGAUAUCACCAAUAUUUUAUUUAUGUUUCAAUAAAAAACGAACUGAGGCCAGACAGUUCAACCACAUUUGUAUACGGAACCAAAUUCACCACGAAUGACGUUUAUUUUCAUCAACUUAAUAAUUUAGUUUUGAAUUCUGGGGAUUGGUGCUUGCUACUACCCUUAUUGUACAAUAAUUUGAGAAUUCUUAUUUAGACGCUAAAAAAUAACUUCACUGACUUCCCGGUCGUCAUAGAAAUAUCACUUGCGUUUUUGCAUUUAUACCUGGGUGUCCCAAAAAAAUUUGAAAUUAUUUUAAUAGAAAAACUAUGGAAGAUAUUCGAAAACGGUUUUCGCAGCAACAUGGAUUGCUUACUCGUGUACUCUUAUAAAUUAUUUGGAAGAAUACAGGGUGACAUUAUUCCAUGGCACAACAAACAUGUUUUUUUAAUGAAACACCCUAUAUUUGGAAAGACUUUUCCAAAACAAGAAUACUGAUGUAAUACACAUAUAUAGUUUAUAUAUGUAUAUUACAUCAGUAUAUAUAGUGUUUUAGUUGUCACUUGUUAUUUUAUCAUUAUUCUGAAAAAAUGCUUAUUUUUUAAGACUUUGAAUUCCCCCAUUUUGCUCAGAUUUCCAAUGAAUUUUGAAGAGAAGUUGAAACAGUACGUACACUACUUCAAGCUUAACCGCAGUUACCAAUAAUGAUAUCUAUAUACAAGGUGUUGCAAAGCGCAAAAUGUUUUUUGACUGAAUGAAACGCCCUGUAUAUUUUCCGUCAUCAGAUAAGCUUUCAAAAGCUUUUUUUUGUCUAAGGUUUAUACAAGAUUAUUUAACGGUUAUUUCUAAAAAUUCUAGAAAAUCGUAUAAUAGGGAAUAUGCACAUUUUUUGUAUUUCCUAUCCAUUAUUCACGUUAAUUUAAACCGUUAACACAUUUCAUUCAUGCAAAUGUCUUUAUUUUUGCAAUUAAAUAUUUCAAACUGCAAUGCCAAAGACUUUGAUUUAAACGCGCUUUGCAGUGUCGUCACAACACAUGGUUCGUCAUUUUAUGCUAUAUUUAGGC